AUGUUCGCGCCUGUGGUGAGGUGUGCUCUGAAGAAGAGCAAGACGCUGCGCUAUGGUGUGCCCAUGAUAGUACUCACUGUUGGAGGUUCUUUUAGUCUCUGGGAGUUUUCUCAAAUACGUUAUGAUGCAGUGAAGGCCAAGAUUGAUCCUGAACUUGAAGAAAAACUGAAAAGGAAUAAGGUGUCAUUGAAAUCUGAAUAUGAGAAAAUAAAAGAUUCGACCUUUGAUGACUGGCAGAACAUCCGAGGACCUCGACCAUGGGAAGAUUCCGACCUCCUCCAAGGACGAGGCCCACAAACUCUUAAGUCCAAGCAAGCCUGAGUGUGC